AUGACUGGCAAUCUUCAGAAGAGUGCAGGCUCUCUCGGGCUGAAGCGGUGUGCAGGAUGUGGACUGAAGAUUUCUGACCGGUUCCUGCUCUUCGCUCUCGACAGAUACUGGCAUUGCAGCUGCCUCACGUGCUCAAGCUGCUGCGUCCCUCUGGCUCAGAUCGCCUCAUCCUGCUUCACCAGGAGCGGCAUGAUCCUCUGCAGGAGUGACUAUAUCAGAUUGUUUGGUAUGAGUGGAGAGUGUAGAAGCUGCAGAAGCUCCAUCCCAGCUGGAGAGAUGGUGAUGAAGGCGAAGAGCUACAUGUUCCACAUUAAGUGCUUUGUGUGCUCUGUCUGCUGUAAGCGGCUGGUGGUGGGGGAUCAUUUUCACUGUGAGAAUGGAGCGCUGUUCUGUGAUCAGGACAAACCUGCUGCAUCUGAGUACAUCAAGAGAAACCUCCACAGUUCAGCCCAGGACGACAGCUCUGUAUUCUAA